AAUUGAAACCAACCCUAAACUCUUUUUAUCUCCGCUCUAAAGCUAGUGCAAUUACAAAUUCCUUUCUUACUCUGCCGGAACGAUUCUCACUCACUUUCCAUACCCUUAGUUUCAUACGUCUUUUUCUGAUCACGUCUUAAUAACAUGGACGAGGUUUUGGUGUGUUGACGGAGCAGUAUGGUUUGAAGCCGCAAGGGAAAUCGGCUCCCUUGGCCGCAUCGAAACGAUCCACAACUUCCAGCACCAAUGCUCAAACCAGGAAUUAUGGAUUCAAUUCGGGUUUGGAUCAAAGUCCUACCUUAUACCCCUCAAAAUCUUCUUGGAAUCCGGCUUCUGUUAAAUGGGUCUUUCCUUGAUGACCGUGACAUGUUCUUCCAAUCCAACACCAAGCAAAAACCCCUGAAUUCAAAUUACGAUGACAUUUUUGGUGGAUUCCAGAAGUCCACAAACCAAUCAAGUCCUAGCAUUUAUAACAAAGGUGUAUCUACCUUUGAUUAUGAUUCUAUUUUUUCGAAGUCGGGUGGAAGAUCUUCUUCCAUGAAUUUGUACGAUGACGAUGUGUUUGGAGGAAUGCCCGGGUUGAAAAGGCCUCCUCCAAAACCAGGACAAGUUUCGAGGCCAGAAAAAGUUAAGAGCUCAGCUGCAUCUUCAGUGGAUGACCUUGAGGAGUUUGCAAUGGGUGGUAGCGUGCAUGAUAAGGCUAGUAGAUACAUGGAGGCUGAAGACGCUCCAAAAAAAUCUCAACUGAAGGGUGAAGAUGAUCGAGAGUCCAUUUUGGGUGCAAGUUAUCGAUCAAAUAGGGUACCAAAAUCCAGGGCAACAACUUUGGAUCCCCUGUUUGAUGCAAAGAUACAGAACAAAGAGCAGAAGACAUCUACCACGGUAUCAUCCAGUGCAAAGAAGGUUUCACCUGCCCCUAUGAAAAUUAUGGUAGAUGACCUAUCUUCAAUUUUUAGAGCUGCCUCAGUGUAUGGAGAAUUUGAGGAGGUGAAAGGGGAAAGUGAAGAAACACGUAGAGCAACACUGGGACGUUAUCAAAGGACCCAAGACAGAGUGACUAGCUGGCUAGGCUACAUAAUUUGAGAGUAACAUGAGCGUUAUUUUUCAUUACACCAAAUUAAUUUGGCUUCAUUUAAGCUUGAUACUUGUGUAAUAGAACACCUUUGUAUCUUAGUUUGUUUACACCUGAAUUGGUGUCUCUGGAGCCUUUGAGGCUUAGCUGCAUCCUCUGAAUGUCUGAUAUGCAGCGUGUGAAAAAUAUAUAGCGGAGAAGGUUUUUGAUAUUCUCAAGGAAGCUUGGAACAAGUUCAACAAGGAAGAACUUUCUUAAGGUACUGAACCGCUACUCAUGUGAAGAGCCAAACCACUUCCCUGGGGGCAGCUGUGCAGAUUUCUUUCAGAUCACAAGAUGCAGGUUUUGCACUAUAAGAAUUACUUGUUCUGCAACCUUUAGAGCAGGACUCACACAUCAUACGUAAUGAAAUUUCCUGUCAAAUUAAAGGUGUGAGCAAUUCGCCAGGACCACAUUUGUGUGCAUAUGGUUGUGUAAAUUAAUGUUCCAAUGAGAAACAAGUAGAUUCCACAUUGUGCAAAUUAUUCUUCUCCUGUAGAUAAAGGCGGCUUGUUGUA